CCCCUUUAGUAGUUUGAUCCCUCCCGCGCCAAACAGUCCAGCCUGCAGGAUGGCGAAGCAAAGUUUCCCAAAAGCGUUCACAGUCAUCUCGAAACUGGUGAACUGUUGACAUCGCUGUCUGCCUCUGCAUCCUUGACUAUCAAUGAAUCACAUCCUGCACACAGGAAGACUUUCACUGGGAAAUACCAACCAGCGAUGUUACUCUAGCUUUUCCAAGAUGAUGCGUGCAGUUUGUGUUGACGUACCAGGAGGACCAGAGAAUUUACUGCUCCGAAGAGUCCCCAGACCUCAGCCUAAAGAUGGAGAAAUCCUGAUUAAAGUUCAUGCAACUGCCCUCAACAGGGCAGACUUACUGCAGAGGCGAGGACUGUACCCUCCUCCCGCAGGCGAGAGUGACAUCAUAGGCCUGGAGGUGGCCGGUACUGUGGAUACCCUGGGUCCCGGGGUUAAAAGAGGCUGGAGGCCUGAUGACAGGGUGAUGGCCCUGCUAUGUGGAGGAGGAUACGCGGAGUAUGUUUCAGUGCCUGAGGAUCUUCUCAUGUCCGUUCCCCCUAAUCUCACACUCUGCCAGGCUGCUGCGAUCCCAGAAGCCUGGCUCACUGCUUUUCAACUGCUGGUGUUUAUAGCUCAGGUGAAGGAGGGCGAGGUGGUUCUGGUUCAUGCUGGAGCCAGCGGAGUGGGAACAUCUGCUAUUCAGUUGGUCCGUCUGUUUGGCGCCGUGCCUGUCGUAACUGCAGGGAGCUCGGAAAAACUGAAGAUGGCCGAGAAGCUGGGUGCAGCAGCUGGAUUUAACUACAAAGAGGAGAGAUUUUCCCAGGGGGUACAACACUUUACAGGAGGCAAGGGAGCAAACGUCAUCCUGGACUGCAUCGGUGGAGCAAACUGGGAGCAAAAUGUGAGCUCUUUAGCCGUCGACGGCAGGUGGGUGCUGUAUGGCACCAUGGGAGGCCGGGGACUAGAAGGAGAUCUGCUGGGCAAACUGCUCUCCAAGCGAGGCCACUUACUCUGCAGCCUCCUCCGCUCUCGCAGCCUUCAGUACAAAACAGAGCUGAUACAGGCCUUCUCGAGCAGAGCGUUGCCGUAUUUUUCAGACCAGCCAGCCUCUCUAAAGCCAGUGAUCGACAGCACUUUCAACCUGGAGGACAUCGCAGAGGCUCACAGGCACAUGGAGGCCAACAAGAACAUGGGAAAGAUUGUUAUAAAUAUGAUCCCACAGAAACAGGAAACUCAGUGAUGAGUGAUCAACUGCAGUUACAUAGAUGUAAUCGUUUUAAAGUAAAUUUGUUUGAUUUUUAAAUUGAGCUUUUCUGAAAACUGUUCUCCAUGUCAAAUGAUUUUGAAUGUGCCUUAUCCACCAAUAGACCAAGGGUGAUUUUU